CCACUACCCUCUCCCUCCCUCCCUCCCUCCCUCCCCUUCGCUGCAAUUUUCGCUUCUCUCUCUAGAUUUCCCUCUCUGCAAUUUUUGCUUCUCUCUCUAGAAUUCAAUCUGUCCCAUUGUGAAUGGUGGAAAUCUCAAGCAAUUGCUUCAUCUUCUCCCCCUUUCCUUCAAGGGGGAUCUCUGUCUCCUCUGUUUUCUCCUUCGGAUCCUGCAAAGAAGGCUGGUACUAUCGCUGCCUCGGCCUCGACCCUUAAAACCCAUUCCCCCCAAAUCUCCAUCGCUUUCUCUCUCCACACCAAUCCAAACCCCAAAACCCAUCUUCUCUCAGCUAGAUUUUUCUCUCUUCUUUUCAUAAUUUCUGUCUUUUUUUUUCUUCGCAAUCAACUAUGGUUCUCCACAAGCAGAAGAAGAACCAGGCCAUCAAGGGCGGUAACCGCCUCUUGGUCAGCAUUACCGUCCUCGGCAGCGCCGGUCCGAUCCGAUUCAUAGUCCAUGAGGGCGAGCUCGUCGCUGCCGUCAUGGAAACUGCGCUCAAGUCCUAUGCCCGCGAGGGCCGACUACCGGUGCUCGGCUCCAAUCUCAAUGAUUUCGUCCUCUGCUCCCCCAUUGCUGGACCUGAAGCUUUGAGUCCAUGGGAGGCAAUUGGGGCGAUUGGAGUUAGGAAUUUCAUGCUCUGCAAGAAGCCCCAGUCGGAGAAAGCUGUCAUUGAUGAGGAAAAGCAGAGGAUUGUGAGGAAGAGCAAUUGUAGUUGGAAGGCAUGGUUCAAUAAGUCUCUCAACCUUAACAUAUCUAGCCAUUGAAACCACUUUAUCAAUAGUCUUUGGGAGUCUAAUAAUGCUGUUGUUGUUGAUUGCAAGACUGUUGUUUUUGUUUGGUUUGUUUCCCUCUUGGGUUUUGAGUUGUAGUAGCUUGAAAUAAUUGCGUCUGAUGAAUAAAUGUAUUCAUCGAUGAUGCUUUCUUAUGCUUGCAAUAAAAUAGAGAAGUUUGGUUGUGUCUUUUUAUGUAUAUUUUGAAGUGUUUGUCCUUUUAUUUGGUUCUUUACGAAUUGUA